AUCGAUUGGCAAUCGCCUGCGGACAGCGCAGGACAGCGGUAAUCGAUAGUCGAGAUUGCAUACCUGAUAUCAUCGUCUUCGCUACAAUAUUUGCCUUUACCGGUUCAGCUGCAGUACAAAAGUCGAUCAAUUUGAGUAAUUAUUAACAAUUUGGCAAAAUGAGCAGCUCCGAGGAAGUCUCCUGGGUCACCUGGUUCUGUGGACUUCGUGGCAAUGAGUUCUUCUGCGAGGUGGAUGAGGACUACAUACAGGAUAAAUUCAAUUUAACUGGUUUAAAUGAGCAGGUACCCAACUAUCGGCAAGCGUUGGACAUGAUCUUGGACUUGGAACCGGAGGACGAGCUCGAGGACAAUCCACUGCAGUCCGACAUGACCGAGCAGGCCGCCGAGAUGCUCUACGGCCUCAUACACGCCAGAUAUAUACUAACAAAUCGCGGCAUCGCUCAAAUGAUCGAGAAAUAUCAAACUGGCGAUUUCGGACAUUGUCCACGUGUCUACUGUGAAAGUCAGCCCAUGCUGCCAUUGGGUCUGUCGGACAUCCCCGGCGAGGCAAUGGUUAAGACCUAUUGCCCCAAGUGCAUUGACGUGUACACACCAAAAUCGUCGCGUCACCACCAUACCGAUGGCGCCUAUUUCGGCACUGGAUUUCCACACAUGCUCUUCAUGGUGCAUCCCGAAUAUCGUCCCAAGCGUCCUACUAAUCAGUUUGUUCCAAGGCUAUAUGGAUUUAAAAUACACAGCUUAGCUUAUCAAAUUCAGCUGCAGGCAGCAGCCAAUUUUAAAAUGCCACUACGAGCGAAAAACUAAUAAAAUAAAUACACCACCAACAACAACAAAUACUACAACACAAACACAUACGCACGAAUACAACAACAAACAAUCCAUUUAACUGCAUGUAAACGAAACAAAAACAUAAAUUGAAAUGAUAGUUUACAACGGGAAGACCGAUAGACAGCAACACACAACAACAACAACAACAACAGCCACACUGAGAGACGGAGAGACAAUUGUAUUGAGGUUUUUAAACGCUGGGCGCAAAGUUUCAUUUAUAUAAAUAUAAAAACUAAAAAAACAACACAAAAAACAAAAACCAACUGCGUUUGUAUUUCAAAAUGAAAAGAAACAGAAACAGAAGAAAUUGUAUAACAAAACAAAAUAGUUAAAAGGACACACAGCAACACGCAUAUUUAUUUAGAGCCCAUAAACAUUCAAAACAUGAGAAACUUCAUGCGAUGUUGAUUUUUAUUUAAAACACUGCAACUUCUUAUUAAUCUAAACUUCAUUCAGAAACAUGUAUUUAUGUUAAAUUUGAAUGUUACCGCUGAGCAGAAUAUCCUUCGCAUUGAAGUUUAAGUUCAAGGACUACAAGCAUAACUCUCAAAUACACACACACCCACAAACGCCUACACACACACGCUUAUAUAUAUAUAUAUUAUUUUCUUCAGUCAAUUAACCAAUUAUGUAUGUGUUUUUAUAUGUUCGUUUCCUCACAUUUUAUGUAUGUAUGUAUGUUUUGUGUAACAUUUUAAGACACAGGCAGUGCAACACUUGACCAAAAAAAGAUAAAAAGAAGGAAAUAAAACAAACAAAAAGGAUACUCGAAUUAGACAGAAAAAGAGAGUGUGUGAGAGAGAGAGAGAGAGAGAGUUAGAAGUAGAGCGAUAGGUAAAAAGAAACUAAUUUAAAGUAGAGAAAACAACGAUAUAAGCAACAUAGUACUUCCAAAUAAUAAAGAACACAAAUAACGAUCAGCAUUUAUGUAAACGACAACGCAAAUAAAAACCCUGUAUAAAUUCCAUAGCCCGAAGCGCCAGUCAAACGCGCGAAGAUUCCCAAAGUAGUGGCCGGCAAGAAGAUCCCUACUUAAGGAAAGAAGUUACCGGAACCCCAACUCCCAAAGAAGUAGACGAAAAUUAAUGAAACCAACAAAAACAUACAGUACAGUCAUCCCCAUCCAACCGAACACCCACUCACUCACCCACUGAUUUACACACACACAUCGACGCGCUCACACACAUAGAUACCGCAUGACCCCCCUAAUACCAACACCCACCCAUACACAGAAUGAAUGCAAAUGAACGGAAGCAAAAGCAACCACUUGGAACAUAAGGAUGUGGAUCGAAGAAGAGGAUGAAGAUUGGCAGCAGGACACGAGCAACGAACCGAACGAAUCAAGCCCCAAAAUUCCAACAGACACACACACAAUGAAACAAGUACACAUACACACCCACACACACACUCAUGAGCAUGCACGGACAAGCGGAAAGCAAAACAAUGGCAGAAGGAUCCCUUUUCCAUGAUGUGCACACACUGUUAUCCAACCGAUAGUUACGGCAAGUGUUGCCCUAUCGUUCCCAGAAGCAAUAACAAACUUGUAGCAGUGUUCAACAAUCAAUCAAAAGCGCAAUAAGAAAACGAAUGAUAAAUAAAUUGAUAUGUGAAGCCAGCAUUAAAUUUCGUUGCGGAUUGUUUGUGUUCGUUCAGUAAAGUAAAGAAUACAAAAAAAAAAGAAAAUAACGAAACGUACAUAAUACAUAUAUAGCUUUGGCUUUGUUCCAGUUGUAGCGGCAUUAAUCGGUAUAGUUUAGUUUUUUAAGGGUCCAAAAUUGGAAACUUUUCCAUUUCUAAUUCUACUGAAUUCAAAUCGCCCUCCCCUUGUUGUUCUUUUCUUUUUCUAAUUCUUAACUCUAAACGUAUUGUAUGUAGUGCGCAAAAGCAUUUUCACCCAUUUGUAAUAAUGUAGAGAAUAGAAAUUCUUCUGCCAAAACGAAUUAAUUGAAUUUGAUUUUUUUUUUUUUUUUUUGUUAAGAUCAAUAUGAAUAUUUGCGUAAUUAGGAGAACGCAAAACAAAAAACACACAAACAAUAAGUCGUGAAGUGAAGAACGUUUUUUAAGAAAAUUAGAAAUAAAGUAUAAAUAAAUAUAUAUAUAUAUAUAUAUAUGAAAAUCUAUAUAGAGAUCGAUAGAAAGGCCGAGGACCGUUGAUAAGUUAAUCUGGCGUGUGCAGAAAACUGUUUACAAUUAAUUGAUGAGAAAAUAAAACGAAACGAGAAAUGAAAAUAAUGGAGAACAAAAGUAAUAAUAACAAUAACUAAAAUAAAAACGAAACUGAUAUUUAAUAC